AGUUUUAUCCGUCAGUUUGUCUCGUAGCCGAAAGGGUUAAACAAAAAAUAACCCUAUAAUUUUCAUUUCGAAUGAUAUUUUACAAAUACAUAUUUUGGUAAAAACACGAACACCGUAUUUACGAAUAAAUAACGUAGUUAGGCAUUGGAAGCGAUUGUCACUUUCGAGGUUCUUCGGCAAAUAUUUCAAAAGUUCAUCAGUAGGUGGUUUAUGUGAAUAGGUACCUAUUCGUAUAUAUAUUUUUUGGCAGAACUCUCGCUUGAGGAAGACAGAAGUCUUGAGAAGCUUAAAAAUUUACAUAGAUAGCACUUGCAAAGCUUCUUAAUAGAACAACGUGGCUGCUUACGAUGAAUUUUUAUUUAAAAAAGGAGUCGCAAAUUAGACAUUUUAAUUACAUUUUUAUAAUUUGAAUGGCUUCAUAUUCACAAUAUUGUGUCUGCCAUUCUUUUAAAGAUGAUCGGAAAAUCUCGCUGUCAUUGCUGUUGCAGUGUUGGCUAUUGCGUUGGAUCAUUGCGGUUUGUGCUUCGCAUGAGUAAAUAUUUUCCUUUCGUUCCUUGAAGAUUUGCCUUAGGUAUUCUGCAGGAAAAGCUUUUGAGCCUUCCUGAGAUCUACGUAUUUAUUUGUUUAAACCUUUUGAGAAUCGUUUGCAAAAAAUGAUUUCAUAAUUCAAUAACUUCAAGUGAAUAUACGAGUAUAUGCCUACUUACCUACUUAAGGUAGACGUACCUUCUUUACGUUUUUUUGUUUUUUUUUUCAACGUGAAUUGUAUAGUGGAAAUGAAAAAGGAAAUAAGGCUUUGAAACGAAAUACCUAAGCAGAGCACAGUCAUAUGAAUAGAUGCGAUCCAUAAAAUAUAUGUAGUAAUUUUCCUCAAAAUCAUAUAACUAUGUACCUAAUACAUACAACAAUAACAUGCAAAAUUAAGUAAUAUAUGUACCUACCUACUUAUUAUUGGGCGCGGUUUUCCCUAUUUCAGCAUUAGCUUCAUGAUCUCAUUUUUAAAAUAGAUACCUAAUUGUAGUUGUUCCGAAUCGAGAAUUAGCUUUAGCUCUUGAAUUUACGAGGUGAAUAAAAAUCUAUCAACUUUGGUUACGAAGUGAAAACAAUCUGUAAUUCAAUUUAUGAAUUUAAUAACUUACCUACUGUUCAAAAAAUAAUAUAGGUACCUACCUAAUCAUUGAACAUUCAAAGAGAAAACAUUCUUGGAGUUUCAAUAUGAUCUGAAAAUGGUAUUUUUGUAAAAAAGUUUUUAGCUGCUGUAUCAAAAUAUAUUUCGUGACAAUUAAACACUUAAGUAAUGCCAGUCGGUGAGUCACUGUUCAUUCAAAAUUCUAUUUUUAUUAGGGGCUUCAAGAUCAUUUCUUCAUUUUGUAAAAUUACAAAAUGAUCUUUAAAAUAAUUAUGAUAUUUGGACAUCUGUAUAAUACACAUAGUUCUCAAGGUGGGAAGAGAAGUUGAAAAAUUAUCACAAACAUUUUUGAAUUUCUUUUCAGAUGGAUUUUUUCUUUCUUUCUAAGAACAAUGUGGUUUGAAAGAAUUAGGAAGAAAUCAAAGAUUUCCAUAUUUCCUUUUUCAUGCAUUGAUACUUACGAUAACACAGUAGUAUAACCGAAACCCCCUAAUGCAUAGAUGAACCAUGUUGACUAUUUAUGGAAAGUAGAAGUACAUACCUCUCGUAUUAUUGAAAUUCAGGAGGAAAGCAAUUAUUCUUUUUGCAAUGAAUUAUACAUAUUAUUCGAGGAGAGACAUAACUUUUCAUUCAUCAUUAGAACAAUAUUUCGGUCCUUGGAAACGCUAUUAUAAUUCAAUCCUGAAAUCUUAUUUGGUUACGUUUAUCAUAAUCGUAUUAUCUCUUAUUGGGUACCUUUAUCUACGUCAAUCCUAAAAACAUUAUUUGUACAUUUUUUCCCACUUAGGUAUUCGCGUAAUAAAUAAACUUAGUAUACCAGAUGCCUAUUCAGUUCGGGUUAUCCGAUUAAUUAUUCUAAACGAUAGGUAAUCGAAUUUUCAGUAAAAGGUGAUAGGUGCAUUUAAUGAAGUCUGAAGAAAAAAAAACAAGUAUUCAUACCUGCAUUUUAUAUGAUGAUUCAAUAGUUCAAUUCAAUGUAAAUAAUUUGCAAGUUGUGCCUAAGUAGACAUCGUCUCUAUGGUAACUAUAACUUACGGUAUGGCUCAACAAAAGCUAGUAAUAAAUUUGGUCUGUCAAAAUGUUACCGUCUAAGUUUACGUAAUGAAAUGUUUGAACAUACAGGUGUGAUUUCAUUUGAACAAGUGGAAAUAUUAUUUUGAUCAAUUUUUUGCUUUUUUUCGAGAAUGUUUGCAAAAUGUGCCACGAUGAGUUGUUUCACGUUUAGGUAAAAAUAAAAAUUUGAAAAAAAAAAAUGAAAAAAGUUUUAAAAUUGUAGUGAUUUUUUCUUUCUCUUUUUUAAAUGAAAGAUUAAGUGUAAAAUGUUCUUUUUAUCUGCAAAGAAAACUGAUUCUGGCUGAUAUUCGACGAUGAAAUUUUGUUUAUUGUUUUGUGUGACAAUGAAAGGCGUUGAAAUUUAAUGGCAAAAUAUUUGCCAGAAUGUCGGGAAGUAUUCAGAAAUUCAUCGAUUCCUCACAACUGCCUUUAUAAUAAUGCUGGAGAGACUAUUGUGUGUUGUUUCAAAGACUUUAAGGAUUGUUGUAUUGCCGGAUCUAAAAAGAAGGAAUUUUGGCAGAACUGGUAUUUUUGGAUUGCGUUGAUACUAUUCGUUUUACUCAUUCUCAUCACAUUCAUUUCAUACCUGAACGGAGUUUUCAAGAGGAAACACCAUAAUUUGAUCAGAGUUCGGCAUCUUUCGGCUAGACAAAGCAGUUCGCAACCAGUCAUAACGGCGAUUAGCGGUUCUGAUGGAAUAAUUCAGCCCAGUGUGCGAUACAACGUUGAUCUAAUGAAAAAUCAAAAUAAUCCUUCAUCGAACGAUAACCCCUCAAAAUGCGAAGAUAGAAAAUUUUCUAUAAAUGGUGAAAAACAUCUCGCUGACCCUUUAUCUCCACCGUAUACUCCGAUUAAACCAGUGACAAUUAUACGAGGAAGUGCGCCUCCAUUAGGUUAUCGUCAAACAAGUACCUAUACCGAACUCGUUCUUCCACCUGGCUACAUCCAGACUCGAAAUAGCGCUGCUUUAAAAACCUGAAAAUUGCGUAGAAAAAUUAUUAACAGAGUUUUUGGUUCUGAUUACCUAUUACAUACGUAUAAGAACCUUAUACAUACCUACAAUUAAUGUACCUAAGCUUUGUUCGUAUGAAAUAGCUGAUAUUGGUGUAGGUCUAGGCAGGUACCUACCUUCGUAAUUUACGUUUGAUCAAAUUGAAAUUGCGAUACAAGUGCGCGCAGUUCUUUCAAGUUCUUUGCAUGCAUUUCAAAAAGUGCCAAGUGGCAGUGGGUGAAUUGAUAAAGACUCGUAGUAGACUAAUUAAAAUUCCAAUGAUUUAAUCGGUAUUAAUAACUGUAGGAGCGUGUGAAAUCCGAGGGCAUGGUAAGUAAAGUGAUCAUGGAGGUGAGUUGAAGAACAUGAGUUAUAUUUUGUGCUGUACCUAGUAGUAAAAACAAUGAGUUGUUUUGUCUACAGUGCAAUUUUUCAUUUCGCAGUGUUAAGAUACGGCUAUGUGUGUAUAAGAACUUGACGUAAUGACGUAGACCAAACAAAUUCAGAUGGUAUUGAUGCAAAUUGCUAACAAACUGAAAUUAACCGGACGUGAGAUCGCUUUGAUGGGAAAUUUUAUACCUACCUAUCUACCUAAAUAUUUUUCAAAAUAGAUCGAUUGACA